CUGCUUCCCUGUAAUGUUGAUGGAACAUUCCUGUUCUGCUGACUCACUGUGAAUAGGCUGCACCACUCUGGGUGGUGGGGAGAAGACACAGUACUUGAGCUGAACAGCGCACACACAGACAGGCAAGGCAGGGGAUACAUUUGGAUUCCUGCGUUAAAAGAUCCCAAUCUAAACUCAAUCAAUGAGUGACUCGCAGGGAAAUCGUAGUGUCCAUACCAGCAUUAUUUCCACUGUCUACAAUAUUCCGAUGAGGGUCCUCAUCCGACCCUUGCCCUCAAUCCUGGAUGAAAGCAAAGUGCAAAGCCUCAUGGAAACAUUACAGAAAGACGACGAUCUUGUACCACCAAUCGAUGUUCUCUGGAUCAAGGGGCAGAAUGAGGGAGACUAUUUCUAUUCCUUUGGUGGGUGCCAUCGAUAUGCAGCACACCAACGACUGAACAAGGAGACCAUUGCUGGGAAGAUCAUCCAGUCCACUGUCAGUGAUUUACGGACUUACCUGGGAACCAGCACUCCUGAUUUACUCUAACACAAACAGCACAAUAGGUAGGGGGUCUCUCAGAAUCUAAUGUUUCCCUACUGGAUGAAGUGCAACUCAAGGCUUACUGUCUGGCCAUAAUAACUGUAACCUGCUCAGAUCACAGACACAAGAAACAGCAGCCCAUGAACAUUCUUGCCCUCCCACCAGGACCGGACUGAGAAUUAAAAUAGGCCCUGGCAUUUCAGGUACACAGAGGCCCAAACAGCCCCCAGCAGCCCACUAAAUACUGGCUUUCUAUGGGACCUUAUAGCAGCCCCUCUGGCAUUUGCCAGAACCCACAGAUUGCCAGUCCGGGCCUGCCUCCCACCCCCUGGUGCCAAGCAAUAGCAUACACUGACUUGAUCCCAAGUAUGUUACUUGAACCCAAGGAAUCAACAAGGACCACCAGUUUACCAGCAGUGCCUGGAUUUUUGGGAUCUUAGAAGGAAGAUAUAGAAGGAAAGUAACAAACAUUUAUUUAUCAUGUUUCAUGUUCUCAGCACAAAGAAAUUUGUGCAGAGGAACGUAGGCACAUAAACUGUGAAUCUGGUGCAUAUUUACAUGGUGGGGGGUAAGAGGGCUAUUGUGUGUGUGGGCAAUAUAUAUUAAUAAAUGAAAAGGUCCAUAUCAUGUACACAGAGAGGAAACCUGCCACAUUAUAAGGGCAGAUGUAUUACAUGUUGUGCCAAAGCUGCUUCCAAAGCUGCACACGCAUCCAGUCUGGCACUGCAGUACUGAGACAACCCACAGGGUGGCGCCAUAAAUCCUAGUCCAGGAGUGCCCACACUCCUGCAAGGUCUACUUUUAGUGAUUUUGUCCCAUCCAUAAAAGCAUUGUUAGCAUUCUGUUCCAUGGAAAAUAUUAC